GUGGUAACUUGACGCAGUCUUUUCACUUCAGCGCAAGACCCAUCUGUUGAAUAUGUGUCUCGGCCGGCGGAGGAAGAGGUCGUUUUAGCAGCGGCCGCUGGAAAAAAACGAGGAACAAGGAAGGACCCAGUGUGCAUCACUCGGCUACUGACGGUUAUGGCGACCAUUGUGAUGGAGAGAAUUGGGCGAGUGUUCAUCAGCCUGCAGCAGAUCAGGGAGGUUCCUCAGAUGCUGACUGAUGCUGCACCCUCCAUGCCCGGCACCGUAACGGACACCGAGGUUCCCUACUACUUCAGGGAGCGCUACGUCUGCACCGGCUACCGGCCACUCUACCAAGACUGGCGCUAUUACUUCCUGUCUUUAUUCCAGCGCCACAAUGAGACAAUCAACAUCUGGACUCACCUGCUGGCAGUUUUAGUCAUUCUGGUUAGAUUACGGCAACUCUCUGAGACUGUGGACUUUGUUGGUGAUCCUCAUUCAUGGCCCCUGUUGAUCCUCAUCCUGUCCUCCUUGACCUACUCGGCAUUCAGUGCAGCAGCUCACCUGCUGGGUGGAAAGUCUGAGCUGUGUCAUUACAUCUUCUUCUUUCUGGACUAUGUUGGGGUAGCCCAGUAUCAAUACGGCAGUGCUGUAGUUCACUUUUACUAUGCUGUGGAUGAGAGCUUGCACAGACACGUGCAUGGGUUCUUCAUGCCCGCUGCCGCAGCCCUCAGCUGUCUCUCGUGCCUGGGAUGCUGCUAUGGCAAGUACUUCAACCACAGCUUACCGCCGUGGGUGCGUAAGGUGUGCCAGGUGGUGCCCUCGGCGCUUGCCUACAUCUGGGACAGCAGUCCUGUGGCUAAAAGGCUCAUGUCAUGGUCUCUAGCCAGCAAUGACCCAGCCAUUAUCUAUCACUUUGGCCAGGUGGCUUUCUUUCUUAGCUGCAGCUUCUUCUUUACCUUCCCUCUGCUAGAGCGCUGCUUCCCUGGGCGGUGCGAUUUCCUGGGUCAGAGUCAUCAGAUCUUCCAUGUACUCUUAUCUUGCUGCACCCUGUGUCAGAUCCAUGCCUCCCACCUCGACUACGUGGGCCGUAGGAAGCUGUACUCACGUCUGCAUAAGAGCGGUGAGGCUGCUCUCUUCGUGGGACUGUACGCGGUCACUUUGGUCGGGUGUGCGCUAGUUGUUGCCUUCAUGCUGAAGAAAGCUAAACAAGUGCUUGAUUUCAAAGCCAAGUCCAAAUGAGAGAUUAGAUUUUGUAGGAACUAUAUAGAAUACCGUUUAUGUGACUUUCCUUUUAGCUUUGAUAGAAAGGGAACCCAUUUCACUGUACAUGCUACUGGCUUGUAUUAUGUCAAUAGUUGUUGACAACUUGACGAUUUGAUAACUCUGGCAAUAUAACGUAGGGUUACAUAAUGAUGUUAGGAGUUGGUAUUUUGGCACUGAUUAGUAUUAUAAUUUGUUUAAUAAUUCACAGUAACAUUAAUGUAAUCAAAAUCAGAUUCUCAACAUCACUGCCUACAGUAUGUGGCCGUUUAUAAAAUCCCUGCUGUAACUGAUAAAAAUACAUGACAUGGAAAGGGAUUUGUCAAAUUAUCCAGUUGGAGUAUGGUUUCACUUUUUAUACUAGGAUACAGGGAUAUGUAAAACAGCAAUUAAAAUGUACUAAUAUUAACAUAAUAUAUUUUGAAACUCAAUGUUUUGUUAGUAAUGCUAUGGGGCAUAUUUCAUAGAAACUAAUGGAUUUAUUUUUAGUAAUACAUGUAAAAAAAGAGAACUUUAGAAAUGGUUAAAUGGUAAUACUCUCACUGCUUGUGGCAACAUUUUUCCUACACAAGAAGCUACUUCAUAAUUGAAGUAAAGACACUAUAAUCUAGUAACAUUAAAAAAAGAUUACCAUUUUACAUUGUAAUAAUUUUACUACAUGCAGGACCAUCGGCAUUGUGCCUUGAGAGUCAGUUGCUGCACAUUUUAUAUACAAUUUAGCAAACCGUUGGUGCUAAUGGAGUAUUACCUUGUGAUUUGGUACUGUUCUCAAACCCUAAAUGCCAUCAGAUGUGUAGGUUUUUCAGAAACAAAAGCUUUAGGAUUUAAGUUACCAUUUUCAUGGCUUUAUGCCAUAGACUGUAAAAUAGUAGACAUGGAAUGCCACUUUGAAGCCUCGAGUUUGGCAACACAGACGUUGGCAUCUGGGUUGGUUGCAUCUAGUGACGGUUUUUGACAAAAGGGUUGAGCUGGGUAGGAUGAUGCUGUUUUUUUUAUGGUUGCAAUGGCGCUGCGCUAAGAUAAACGUUAAAGACGGGAAGUUGCCGAUUUCCAACCCCUCUGAAGCAAGUCAUCCAGCAGAGUUUUAUAGUCGGUUAAACUCGGACCUCCCGGUACUGCCACCAUUCAUCUGCAUGCACGGCAUUUCAGAAAAUCCUAUGACUUUCCCUGAAGUUACCAGCUAUUUCUAGCACUAGUUAGCUAGCUUUAUUAUCACAAUGCUAAACAAGACUUCUUUUGGCCACCACAUGUUUUGAUUAACUUUGAAGUGGAAACAUACAGUGACAGUCAAAGUUUAGGAUGAAAACAUGGACAACACCCAAAAGCAAGUUCACGGCUAUUUACACAGGGCCAUGGUUAGCACUGCUAAGCCUCUGCCCCGAAAGCGUCCCGAUUUUAUCGUCCAUUUAAAAAGAAAUGGGACCAUAAUGAACAUUGUGCUGUAUUGAAGAAGACUUGAAAGUGUCGAUUGAGAUCAUAAACUCAUUAUUAAAAUAAUAUAUCAAGUAGAAGUGGUUACUUUCUCAGAUCUUUUUGUAGCCCGUAGAGUCGCCCUCUUCUGGAAAUUAGAAAGACUGCAGGUUUAAGGCGUUUCCGCAUUGGCUUCAAUUUUCAAAGGCGGAUGCUUUGCCCAUUAUUUUUACAGUCUAUGGUUUAUGCAUUUCGGUUAGGUUUAAAACCUGCUGACACAUGAUUAGAUGUUUGCUAGCAUGAGAUGAGAACCUUUUUGUUUUGCUUGCACAAGUUCCAUUACUUUAAGAUAUAUUGAUACGCUGCCUUUGGACUGUAUUUAUGAAAGCUGGAUAUUUUUUUUAUGAGAGCUCUAAUGUUUGAUCAAGUCUUAAUUAGAUAAAUAUGUCUAAGACAUGCAGUAUUUGUCGACUGUUUUGUAUUAUGUUUAUUAAUAUGUCAGCAAUCAUUGCAUUAUGUCUUAUUGGAAUACUUGAUUAUGGCCUUUGAGUCCAAGAGGGAAAAAGGAAUGUUGGUUAAGUAUGAGUGUACUAAUUACAGAUAAAGGUACUGUGAUGAUGUACGUCUUUGGGAGAUAAUAAUGAUACUACUGACCAUGAUUUAAAGACCGUGGGAUUGAGGUAAACAUCUCUUGGGGACAGGCCUGGUCUGAAGGUAGAAAUCUUUUUUCCUUUUUUAAUAAAAGCACAAUUUUUCUC